AUGGAUUUCGUUAGAGAAAUUGUUUAUUGGCAUGAGCCCAUGAAGUCGGGUAUUGUUGCAGCCGUUGGGCUGACAUUACUCUUAAGUCUGUCAUCCAUGUCCCUGGUCUCUUUUAUCGCCUACAUCGGAAUUGCGAUAAUGUGCUGCACGACGGCUUGCAAGCUUUAUGGUUUUAUUACGCGUCAAUUCAAAUCAAAUCAGGAUUCACCGAAAAACCCAUUUGAAUUUUGGCUUGAAUUGGAGAUGACUUUACCUGGAGAAAAAAUUGGCGAGCGUGUCGCAGCCUUGUGUGAAAAAUUGUCCGAAAAGUUGAAUUAUUUACGUCGCGUAUUGUGGUUGGAAGAUUACUUUGAGACUGUAAAGUUGGUUGUGUGUUUAUACCUACUUUCCGUAGUAGGUGCUUGGUUUAAUUUGCUUACCCUGAUAACUAUAGCAUUUGUUCUCGGGAUGACUUGUCCUAAAAUAUAUUUAUUAUGCAAGCCCCAGUUUGAUGCGGCAUUCCAAACAACUAAGGAGAAAAUCUUCAGUAUGCUUAAAUUCGCUGAAGCGAAAGUAUCAGGGCUUCGUGGGAAGCCUUCUACAGAAUAA